UUUGAGGACAUCCGUCAAAAACCAGCUCCCCUCGUUGUCAGCUGUAUCCUACCUGGGGCAAUGGGAGAGGCCGAGACGCGUCAGAGACUGCUGCGCAAUGUGAAGAAAGAGGUAAAACAAAUUAUGGAGGAGGCAGUGACAAGAAAGUUUGUGCAUGCCGACAGCAGCCACAUCAUAUCUUUCUGCGCUGUAGUGGAAGCGUGCAUACUGCAUGGCCUGAAGCGUCGUGCUGCAGGCCUGUUGUGCAGUAAUAAGAUAGCAGCGCUCUUCAUGAAGGUGGGGAAAAGCUUUGUGCCUGCUGAGGAGCUCUGCCAGAAGGUCCAGGAGCUGGAACAGCUUCUCGAAAACAGCAAGCAGAACAAUUCUCCGGUGAAUAAUGACCGCUCUCGGCAGUCCAAGUUGGCUAACCUCCCACCUCAGGCUUUGAAACACCUGUGGAUCCGAACUGCACUGACGGAGAAGCUUCUGGACAAGAUUGUCCUGUAUUUGGUAGAGAACUGCAGUUCUUUCUAUGAGAAGGAGGCCAUGCUGAUGGAUCCUGUGGAUGGGCCAAUCCUUGCAUCUCUGUUAGUUGGCCCUUGUGCUUUGGAAUACACCAAAGUUAAGACUGCAGACCAUUUCUGGACAGAUCCCUCUGCUGAUGAGCUGGUACAGCGGCACCGCAUCCACAGUGGCCACUGUCGCCAGGACUCUCCCUCCAGACGGCCUGCCCUGAUUCAGAAGAGACAGUCCAGUGGUAGUAUAGAUGAUCGGCCUCUCAUGUGGGCAAGGGAAUAUGUCGAAUCUCUCCAUCAAAACUCUAGAGCUACACUUCUGUUUGGCAAGAACAACGUCCUGGUGCAGCCGAGAGAUGACAUGGAAGCUAUCCCAGGCUACCUCUCUCUACAUCAAACUGCAGAUCUCAUGACUUUGAAAUGGACACCCAAUCAGCUGAUGAAUGGCAAUGUUGGAGAGCUAGAUUCUGAGAAAAGUGUUUAUUGGGACUAUGCUAUGACUAUUCGCCUGGAGGAGAUUGUCUAUCUCCACUGUCAUCAGCAAGUGAAUAGUGGUGGCACAGUAGUUUUGGUGAGCCAGGAUGGGAUCCAGAGGCCUCCUCUUCAUUUCCCUAAAGGAGGCCACCUGCUCCAGUUUCUCACAUGCCUGGAGACGGGCCUGCUACCUCAUGGACAGCUGGACCCACCGUUAUGGUCUCAGAGAGGAAAGGGAAAGGUUUUCCCCAAACUGCGGAAAAGGAGUCCACAGGGAUCAUGUGAUUCUGUGUCAGAUAAGGAGGAGGAUGAAGCCACAGAUUAUGUCUUUCGGAUCCUCUUUCCUGGCAAUCACAUGGAAUUUGUGGCUCCAGAGCUGAUGGACCAGGGAGUGAACAUGUGGCAGCCCACCCCCAGAAAGUCUUCUUGUUCCUCUUGCUCACAGAAUGGCUCGUCUGAUGGCUCUUUGCCUAAUGGCUGCAAUCAAGACAGGGCUCCCUUAAAGCUCCUUUGUGACACCAUGAAGUAUCAGAUAAUUUCCCGUGCUUUCUAUGGAUGGCUAGCAUACUGCCGUCAUCUGUCUACAGUUCGUACCCACCUUUCUGCUCUGGUCAAGCCCACUAUAGUUGAUGCUGAUGUGCCUCAUGAUGCCCGGGGAGGACUCUCUAUGGAGGUCUGGGCCAGUUUCAUCCAGGACUGCUCUGCUUAUGAGGAAAAUGAGAUUCACAGGCUUGUGUAUUUUGGUGGUGUGGCCCCUACACUACGCAAAGAGGUCUGGCCCUUCCUGUUGGGACAUUACCACUUCACUAUGACUGAGAAAUGCAGGCUGGAGAUAGAUGAGCAGAUGCGGACCAUUUAUGAACAGACAAUGAGGGAGUGGCAGGGUUGUGAGGCCAUUGUCCGUCAGAGGGAGCGAGAGAAACAUGCUGAGGCCCUUGCUAGAUGUUCGUCAGGGGCCAGUGUGGAACGAGGACCAGUGCAGAGAGACUCCACCAUCAGUACAGACUCCUCUCUAAGUAGCAGCUCGGAGCAUCAGAGUGCCCACUCACAAAAUGAUUCCAGCAGUAGCACACAGGCAUUUGAAUCAGUUGAGGCGGUGGAUCAGAUUGAGUCUGAGCCUAGGCCUGAGGAAGGUGAAGUGGACCCUGGUAGCGCAGUUAAAGAAAACCCAACUGGCACCCUAGACUCUCCACAGCCUCCCUCUUACAACAUCUCUUCCCCAGGUCUGUCAGAUCAGCACCCAGGUUCUGACAACAACCCUGCUGCAUCUGAUUCAGCCCUUGGAUUUACAGUCUCUCAGCUGUCAGCAGAAACACCAGGGCUGUCAGGAGAAGGCUACGGUGAGGAGACUAAACCAGGAUCACAGCCAAUGAGAACUGUCUGUGAAACAGACAUAACACAGCCAGAGGACAUAACACAGCCAGUAUCCAAGGACAGCGUUUCAGUGACAGAAAAGUCCAAGGAAUCAGACAGUGAAGUGGUUGAAGGCUCUGAGAUUUCAGAAAACAGAGAGGCAUGGCAGACGUCUGAAGUUCAGUGUGCUGACAGAGAAGCCAUGCAUUCUUUGAGAAAUGCUGAACAGGAAGAAAAGAAAGUUACUACACAUGAGCUAUCAAAGGUCUUGAAUGCAGUAGAUGCAAAUACCCCUUUGAGGACAGCCCCAGAGAACACUAAUGUUCUAAGGCUAGAAAAAGAAGUUUACAAUGAAUACUAUCAAGCACCCCCACUUGGCCAGACCUUGACUAUUCAAGCACACAAGAGCAAAGAUCUGGAACUGGAAUCAUUAUGUCUGCCUACAACAGAAAAAUAUAUUUGUCCAUCCACUGAGAAAAUGCCAGAGACUUCUGAAAAAGUUGAAAAAUGUUCCGACAACAUCCCCUUGCAAGUUAUCAUGCCCUGUGCCGCUGAGCCAGAAAGGAGAGACAUUGAGGCAGUGGUUUUUGAAUUGACUGAAAGCAAAAAAGACAAAUCUGCAGAAAUUCCAUAUGAGAAACCUGGUUCAAAUUCACCUGUCAGACAGGUACUUAACGCUCUCCAGUCAGCAUCAAGGGGAAGCAUUUCCUUAUCAUCACACUCAAAGCAUUCUCCGGACACAGGAGACUCGGACGACUCACCUUCUGCCUUGGAAAUGGAGGACAUUCCUACAGGGAUAACAUGUUUGAGCUCUGAGGACAGUAGAUACAGGCCUUUGGCAGGCCUUGCUGCACCCUCUAUCUCCUUGGCCUUGACAAAGAAGGUUGGAUCAGAGGACCUUGCCCUAGAUCACCAUCUGGACACAGCCUCUAACACCAGCCCUGAGGGAACAGACCUGGGCUGUUCUGAAGAGGAGCCUGAGAUGGAGAACGUGCUCUCAAGACAAGCAUCCAUAGAGGUGGGAGGAGAUGCCAAACAUGGUGAAUCCUCUCAAUUUUCCUCAGAGGAGCAAUCAUAUUCUCAAGAACAACUGGACAUGUACUUAAUCAACUUGCAUCGUAUUGAUAAGGAUGUCAGACGGUGUGACAGAACAUAUUGGUAUUUCACACCUUCUAAUCUGGAGAAGCUCCGUAACAUCAUGUGCAGUUACGUGUGGCAGCAUCUGGAAACUGGUUAUGUCCAGGGCAUGUGUGAUCUCUUGGCUCCAUUGCUGGUUAUUCUGGAUGAUGAGGUCAUGGCAUUCAGCUGUUUCACUGAGUUGAUGAAGAGAAUGAAUCAGAAUUUUCCUCAUGGAGGUGCUAUGGACUCUCACUUUGCCAAUAUGCGCUCUCUAAUCCAGAUCUUGGAUUCUGAGUUAUUUGAACUGAUGCAGCAGAAUGGAGACUAUACCCACUUCUACUUCUGUUACCGGUGGUUUUUACUGGACUUCAAAAGAGAGAUGGUGUAUGAUGACGUGUUUUCUGUGUGGGAAACCAUUUGGGCGGCCAAAUAUACCUCCUCUGAUCACUUCGUGCUCUUCAUUGCUCUGGCACUUGUCGAGAUGUAUAGAGAUAUCAUCCUAGAGAAUAAUAUGGACUUCACUGACAUCAUCAAGUUCUUCAACGAAAUGGCAGAGCGACACAACGUCCCACAGGUUCUGAUGAUGGCCCGAGACUUGGUCCACAAAGUGCAGACACUCAUCGAAAACAAAUGAUCCAGCACGCUGCUCUUGAAUUAUCAUUGAUUCUAUGUGCUAUACUAUUAACAAAGUAGUGACAAAAUCUCAUAAUAUUCAUGUAUUUCAAGGGAAAGAGACCAUUGUUGGUGAAAUACAGCAUUUGUUAAGCACUGAAGAGGAAACUGCCCAUUAAAAUUAUGACUGAUGAUUUUAAUAUAGAUACAUAACAAUUUGUUUCUAAUUGCUCCCACUUUCAGGCAAUAAAAUCAUUGCCAGUAAAUUUAUUUAUAAGCAUUAUUGUUCACCUAGUGAAUGUACCUUGUUUAAACUGCUUCAGGAUAUUGUUUAUUUUGCCUUAAAUUUGUAGCUAUUUUUUCAGGGAUACAGCAGCCAGAUUAUUAAAUGCAUUGUUGUUCUGCUAGGCUGAUUUUGUUAGAAUUAUCAGUAUGGUGACACUUACACUUUGGGAUACCCUUAGAUAUAUUGUCAGUAAUAAUAUCUGGAAUUACUGGAUGUGUUGAGUAUUUAAACAUCACUAGUGCUACCAUGAUGACCAAGUAAGGAUUAUUCAUUGUGGCUUGUGUCCAAAUAGCAUGUGUGGUUCAUGCUUUUCUUUCCCAUAGCCAUUGUGAGGACCCCUGUGCAGCAACUCCACAGGCUUAAUGGCUCUCCUUGUACUCUUGCUUAUGUUGUGUGAGAGAUUGUUGGUCAGACUACCUGUGUACCAACUGCAGUCCAGCUUGAUUUGCACAUACUGUGCUACUCAACUUCUUUCAACUUCUCUAGUGCUCAUUGACCAAGUCCUCAUUCUUUGUGCUUAUCCUGUCUUCAGCCUCCUCCACCCAUUGCUUCUGGGGAGCAGUGUGCCAAAGCAUGGCCAUCUUUCUGGAUUUUUCAGAAAGCAGCACAAUUUCUCGUAUAAGCACGGUUGAGAAAGUGUUUCUUUGAAUUGUAGCCUCCACUUCAGGUCAAUCAUCAGUUCCAAGUCUUCAGCUGUUCUGUUUUGCCAACUGACUCUCAACUCAAGCUUUUGCUUCUCACCUUUGACAAACAUACAUUGCUGGUUGGAGAUAGUGUCCUCUGCAACCUGCAGCAUCUGGUUGUGGUGCUAAUAAUAUGGUCUUGCUAAUAUUUUUCUGCCAGCAGCUGAGGAUGUGUUCUGGGGUUCCACUCCUAAGACCUGAGAGGUAAAGGUAUCAAGACAUUUAAGACUUUUUGAGAAAUGACACUUGAUACACUAAGACUUGCCUGUCACAGUUAAGACCAAAAGAUUGGUCCCUUUACUGCAUUUUGUAGUAACCUGUGCAACCCCAGCUCAUAUUUCCUUAUAGAACAGUUGGCUCUGUCUUCAUCUUGGUUCCUGUCAAAACGUAUUGUUUGAAAGCCACUAAGUGUAACCCAUCACAUUGUCCAACCUAUAUGCUGAUACAGCUUUCAACACCACACACUUUGAUUUUGCUGGGUUGAAGCAUAUCUAUGUCCAGCUGAUGGACUACAUGUCAGGUGUUGGACAACAAUACUGUAAAAAUGUCGAAAGAGGGUGAUGUUCAGAAUGUUGUUUCUUAUUAGAGAAGCAGAAAGAACCCUCAUUUGCUCAGUGUGACUCUCCUUCCACAUUUUCACAAAGCAUAACAGCAGAGACCAUGCACCACACAUGUGCCUGGCAUUGGGGUAUCCCCCUAAGUUUGUUCUGGACAACAAUGCUGUAAAAUAUAUGCUCAACAAAUAACUUUUUCAUGGGUUCCCUUUUUUAGUGGUGCAAUCACUAAUAUUUAUAUUGACUAGAGUCCAAAAUUACCAUAAUAUAUAUGUGGGGCUCAGUAUUGCACCAAAAAUUCAAGCUUUCAAAAGCCAGUGUUCUGCCUGUACUUUAUUUUGAAGGAAAUUUUCCUCAUCCCCAGGGAUUAUGAAUGGUGCUCACUUAGUCCUGUGUAAGAGUGUUGCAGGUAGCUAAAUGGCUAAAGGUAUUAGCUAGGUAAUGUGAGACUUCUAGUGGAGGAGAUACAAUAGUCUGAUGUUAUAGCUCUCCUGGUUGCUACUAGUGGUCAUAUUAUUCCAUUGUUCCGUUAAAGAUCCUGACGCUUUCAAUGAGCAUCCCUUCUGUGGCUAUCUUAACCCUCGUAUUCUAUAAAUCACUCUCACAGUCCUCUGUCAGGCUUACUGCUUUUACACCUGACAUGGGGUACUCUGAUUUUGGAUCAGAGCUUGAUUAUGUAGUCUUGCAGCAGUGCAGUAGCUCUCCUGGUUUUGAUGUUUGAUUUUGAGCUGUUAAUGAACUCAAACAGAUUUGCAGGCAGUGUGGGUCCUUACACUCUCUCCCCCAUCCACCUAUGCCGUUCUGUCCUGAGGAGUGUGAUGAGUGCUCAGGAUACCAUAGAACUUUGUACCUCUCUCUUACUCUCAUAUGGUUAAGGAGCAGUUUCAGGGGCCUUUUAGGGCCCCUGCUUUCAAUAGACGAUCUUAGCUGUGUUUUAUCAAAUAGGAUGUUCUUGUCACUUGCUUCUCUGCCAUAUCAAACCUUGUGUCAGGAUGGCUGACAACAAUUGUCAUGAUUGCUUGGAGUCUGCUGUUGGCAUUGCAUUUCACUGUGGCCUCAAGAACCCCAUGUUCAUACCUGUUGAACAGGAACCUCUCGUCCCAUCUCCAACAUAUUCCUAGAUGACAUUGGUCAAAUUAACUUGCCUAUUCAUAUUAUGAUCAUAGAAAUUCAAUUGCCAUGAUCAUGAUACACUUUGACAUAUAAAUUUAAUUUAAGCUCACUGGAUGUUUUGGAUCUCUCAACAUCAGCCAUCAGGCAAGCUGGGGUUGAUCAGUUCCCAGCUUGUGUCAAAAUUGCAUGUGUUAUCCACACUUCAUUCCCUUUAAUCCACAAGCAUAAAACAGAUGUGGAUCUCCAUCUAAUCAUUUGAAUGAGCAAUCACCUGAAGCAACAGUUGAGAAUGCAUUCCUACAGUCCUCUCCCAAGGCACUGGGGCCAUGAUGGUAACUGAUGGCCUUGACCCAGCAGAAUAGCACUGUGCUACAGAGAGUCUCUUAGACUGCUGAGUCAUGCACUUAAAAUUCUCAGAUUUGGUUUACAAGAGCUAGGCUUGUCCAAAUCAAGCUUGUAUGGUCUUUGUCUUCUGCACUGUCACGAGUAGUUGGAAUACUGCCAAAUCCUGCCCAUUUAGAUAGCAUUUGCUCCAUCAACAUACUGUGACACAGCUGAAACUCCACCCUCCAGUUCCUCACAAUGCUCACUUUUAUGCCAGCCAGACAAACAUGGAUUUACAUGUUUGUCUGGAUUUACAGAAAUACUCUUCUUUCAUGGGUACAGCAAUUUAUGACAAUGCUGCUCAGGGUAUCUCAAAGUCCUCAACAGAAGACAGUGGGGUGUCAUUGAUUAAUAAAGGCCACAAGAUCCAAAUAACAAUAUUAACAUUCUUUAGAUGGGACCAUUCACAACUGCAAACUAGCCUGUGUACAUUCUGUUUAGUUUACGGCGGCUUACAUUCCAGUGUUUUGAUAUCAGUGCUAACGUAUGUCUCCACAUUAUCUUCUGAUACAUGUCUGUGUAUUGCUUAUUGUUUGUGAUGUGUUUGUUGUCAAGAUUAACAGUGUACACAGUGUUAAAAAGAAACCAGAUCAUGUACAAAUAAACUAAGGUAGUAUGGUACAUAAUUAUGAAAUGCAAUAUGUUGUCUGUACACAAGCUUUAUCUGAUUAUAGCAAACCUAAAAAGACAGAGAAAAAUGAACCAAUGGAAAUAUAUAUUUUUUAUUUUUUUCAAUGU